CCCGUAACUACCCGCGCGGCUGCAUUCUGGACCAGUUGGAGCCUCCGGGUGCUCUUCAAGGGGAGCCCCAUGUAGACAGCGUUACAGUAGUCCAGGCGAGAGGUGACGAGGGCGUGAGUGACUGUGCACAGGGAAUCCCGAUCAAGAAAGGGCCGCAACUGGUGGAUCAGGUGAACCUGACAAAAGGUCCCCCUGACUACAGCUGUCAGAUGUUCCUCCAAGGACAGCUGCGUAUCCAGGAGGACUCCCAGAUUGGGAGCCCUCUCCGCGGGGGCCAAAGACUCACCCCCAAUAGUCAGUGAUGGAGUAACUGACUAUAUUGGGAUGCUGGGAAUCACAGCCACUCAAUCUUGGAAGGGUUGAGCUUGAGCCUGUUCCUCCCCAUCCAGACCUGAACAGCCUCCAGGCACUGGGACAUCACUUCAACGGCAUCGUUGGGGUAGCCUGGGGUGGAGAUGUACAGCUGGGUGUCAUCAGCGUACUGGUGGUACUUCACCCCAAAGCCACGGAUGAUCUCGCCCAGCGGCUUCACAUAAAUGUUGAACAAAAGGGGUGAGAGGAUCGACCCCUGAGGCACUCCACAAAUGAGAGGCCUUGAGGUCGACCUCUGCCCCCCUGCCAACAUGAACUGGACCGGUCUGAGAGAAAGGAGGAGAACCACCGUAACACGAUGCCCCCAUCCCCAACUCUUCCAACCGGUGCAGCAUGAUACCAUGGUCGAUGGUAUCAAAAGCCGCUGAGAGGUCUAACAGGGCCAGAACAGAGGAGCAACCCCUGUCCCAAGCCCUCCAGAGAUCAUCUACCAACGCGACCAAUGCCGUUUCUGUGCUGUGCCCAGACCUGAAACCUGACUGGAACGGAUCUAGAUAAGAUGUUUCCUCCAGGAAUUGUGGAAACUGUCGCGCGACCACACUCUCAACAACCUUUGCCACAAAGCGAAGGUUGGAACCAGGACGAUAGUUGGCUAAUACUGCCAGGUCCAGGGAGGGCUUCUUGAGGAGAGGCCUCACCACAGCCUCUUUCAAGGCAGCGGGGAAGUGACCCUCACUCAACGUAGCGUUGAUAAUUCCCUGGAGCCAGCCUCGUGUAACCUCCCAGGAAGCCAGUACUAACCAGGAGGGACAAGGAUCAGUAAACAUGUGGCCACACUAAGUCUCCCCAAAAUCCUGUCCACAUCAUCAGGAGUCACAGAGUCAAACUCUUCCCAGAUAACGUUCUCAAGACUUCCUCGUCACCCUGCCCAAAUCUACCCAGAGUCCAAAUCCCCCCGGAUCUGAGCGAUUUUGUCAUACAGAUAUUGUCCGAAAUCCUCGGCCCUGCCUUCCAGGGGGUCCUCCCACACUCCUGGAUGGAGCAGGGAGCGGGUCACCCUAAACAGGGCAGCUGGACGAUUCUCUGAUGACGCAAUAAGAGUGGAAAAGUAGUUACACUUUGCCGCUUUUAUUGCCACUAGGUAGGUCUUAAUAUGCGACCUUACCAGUGUUCGGUCAGAUUCAGCGAGACUGGCCCUCCAACCGCUCUCCAGGCAUCUUUUCCGGCGCUUCAUAACUGGAUCAGUUAUGUUACAUAAAAAGACCCACACAGGAGAAAAGCUUUAUAAAUGCAUGGAGUGUGGAAAGUCCUUUACUCUGUGCCACCAUCUUCCUUCCCAUAAAAGAAUCCACAUGGGAGAGAAAUAAUAUAAAUGUGUGGAGUGUUGAAAAGACUUUAUUGACAGACGUCAACUUAUUUCCCAUAAUUGGAUACAUACAAGGAAGAAGCCAAAUGUAGAGAGAGUGGCAAAUCUGUGACUUGUGUCAAAGAUGACACUGCACAAAAUUUGGGGGACAUGUCACCCAUCCAAGGAGCACCAGGAUAACUCAAAAUAAUACAACACAGCCAUUAAUGUACUCACAGUUUAGACAUUAAUGGCCGUGUGUUGCAUUAUUUUGAGCGGACAGCACAUUUACACUGUUAUACUAACUCUAUACUCACUACUUUUCAUUGUAGCCUAGUGUCAUUUCUGCAGUGUUGUCACAUGAAAAGAUAUACUUAAAUAUUUACAAAAUGGGAGGAUGUGCACUCCUGUGACAUUCUCUCUCUCUCUCUGUGUAUUCCUACAAUUUGAUCUUUUUUACUAAUACGGCUACCAUUUUCAUUUUUCUUUUCCUUUGAAGAUGAUAAUGGGAAGAAAAGUCAAGAUUCCUGUGAACUAUUCCAAGUGAUCAAUGCUGGAGAAGGAAUGGAGAAGUCUGUAAUUCAAAUGGAAGCAGAAAGCCAUGAGAGAAAGCAAUCAAAUGAUCAGAGUCAGGAAAGCUCAUCUUCCAUUGAUGCUCUAACGCAAGACUUUCUUGCCCCAAAAGUGAAAACGAAGAAAGAAGAUUUUGGGAAAAGUAUGAAGCAAAUCAAAGCUAAAUUACAUGGAAAUGAACACUAUCCAAUCCAAAACAAAAGAGAAGAUGCUAUAAGAAGACGUAACGGAAAAAAUUACACUUUCAUGCUUUCUCCUGGAAAUAAGUCCCUUACAUCUCAAAAAGGGAUCCAUGCAGAAGAGAAGCCUUAUAAACGUGAGGAAUGUGGAAAGAAUUUUAGAAAUAGUAGCCAACCCCAUGAAUUGAUCGAUACAAGACAGAAGGCAUUUAAAUGUAUACAAUGCGGAGCGAGCUUUCAAAGGAAUUGUAAUCUUGCCAUCCAUAAAAGAAUCCACACAGGGGAGAAGCCAUAUAAAUGUCUGGAGUGUGGAAAGAACUUUGCUGAUAAAAGUAAUUUUACUCGCCAUAACAAGAUCCACACUAGGGAGAAGCCAUACAAAUGUAUGGCAUGUGGAAAGGACUUUGCUUGUAAAAGUAAUCUUACUCGCCAUAACAAGAUCCACACUAGGGAGAAGCCAUACAAAUGUAUGGCAUGUGGAAAGAGCUUCCGUGAAAAUGGAUCACUCAUGUUACAUAAAAGGACCCACACUGGAGAAAAGCCUUACAAAUGCAUGGAUUGUGGAAAGACCUUUACUCGAAGCAAUCAUCUUAUUUCCCAUAUAAAGAUCCAUACACGGGAGAAGCCAUAUAAAUGUCUGGAGUGUGGAAAGAACUUUGCUGAUAAAAGUAGUCUUACUCGCCAUAACAAGAUCCACACUAGGGAGAAGCCAUACAAAUGUAUGGCAUGUGGAAAGGACUUUGCUUGUAAAAGUAAUCUUACUCGCCAUAACAAGAUCCACACUAGGGAGAAGCCGUACAAAUGUAUGGCAUGUGGAAAGAGUUUCCGUGAAAAUGGAUCACUUAUGUUACAUAAAAGGACCCACACUGGAGAAAAGCCUUACAAAUGCAUGGAUUGUAGAAAGACCUUUACUCGAAGCAAUCAUCUUACUUCCCAUAUAAAGAUCCAUACACGGGAGAAGCCAUAUAAAUGUGUGGAGUGUGGAAAGAGUUUUUGCGAAAAUGGAUCCCUUACGUUACAUAAAAGGAUCCAUGAAGGAGAAAAGCCUUAUAAAUGCAUGGAGUGUGGAAAGGGCUUCAGCUGAAAGGGCGAUCUUAGUUGCCAUCUAAGGAUACACAUAGGAGAAGGUAUCUAAAUGUGUGGAAAGAGCUUCAGUCAUAAUGGUUCCCUUACGUUUCAAAAGGAUUCCUACAGAAGAGAAAUAUAAAUCUGAGAAGCUUUGAGAGAGCGUCAAGUGUUUUGCAAUAAACAUAUGUAUUUGUCUGAGAAUCCAUAUGCAGCAUCUUUUUUCGCAAAUAUUUCUCCAUAAGAGAGACAAUCUUCAAGGAAAGAGAAUGGGCAUUAGUCUUCUGGCUUUUGAAAAUAUCUAAAUAUCCAUUUUGCUUGGGGCGUUCAGAAGAAUGUGCAGUUGUGAGGCUGGUUAGUGCUCUGAAGGCCUUUGCCUCCCUUUUAAAUAAAUAUUAUUA